AAGAAAAGAAUUAAUUUUGACGAUAUAGAAAGAAUAACAGAUGUCAGCGAGCUCCAAUGAGAGCCGUGGCGAGAGACACAAAGAGAAUCUCCAACAGCACAUUUCGGCUGCAGCCUUUCCACCAAGCGAAGAAAAAUAACAACAACCACACCAGCAGUGUUAAGAACCCAAGAACACGAAACUCACGCACAACGUGAGGAGGCAAAUGAUGAUAUUUUAAGAAUUGGACUUCGUCGCCGCUUUAGUGAUUGUUUAGUUGUCCGUUGGUUCAAACGUUGCGUCUCCCUUCUUGUCGCCUUUGACAAACGAAUCGUUAACGUACGUGCGUGUGUGUGCUGAGAGUCUGUAGCUGUGUGUUUCUAUAUAUUUUUUUACAAUUACACCACGGUAUUCCAAAGAAAAUUAAGCAAAAAAAAAUUAAAUUAUUUACAAAAUAUAAAAAAUAAAAUCAAAAUCCCCAAUAAAACACCUGACUCGCGAUCGGCACUUGCUUCACGGUUGAUUUCUAUCAGCGACGGUGUGUGAGUGUGUGUGUAUUUCAGAGCGCGGCGCGUAGAAUUUCAUCUUGUUUUUAUUUUUGUACACCGCCACAUUUGGAAAAAAAUCGGUGGUCUAGUAUCCACUCCUAUCAAAAUACUCGAAAUAUUUUAACCAGUGCGAGGAAAACGCAAUUAGCAAAAGCAUUAGAUUUCCAUUAAAUAUAUAACAACAACAACAACAAGCAAAGUUAUCCAUUUUCAUAGUUAUCCCUCUCGCUCUGUACGUCCAUAAGUAUCGCCGCUGACCACCACCCCCAAUAGUGUUCAAUCUUUUUUGUUUAAGCACAAAAAAAAAUAAUUAAAGAGUGGUUUUAGCAUCAAAAAAAGGUUUAAAAGAAUUUAAAAAAGCAAGAAAGUGAAGUUCAUGUCUUCAUAAGUCUGUGAGUGUGGUAGACCUCUGCAAGGAAUAAGGAAUCAACGUUAGAACAGAGAACCAGCACAACAGUUAUAGAUAGCAGCCAGCCAUCAAGCAGCUAACAAAAGGGAACCUAGAAUUAACAACAACAACAACUGCUAGAAGCAAGACAUCAGGAGCAGCAACUUUCAAUCGACAACAACAAUGGCAUCAGGCGUAUGUGUAACAAGUUUUCGUAUGCUAAUGCGGUAUACGACGCGUACGGCAGAUUUUACGCACUACAACCUCCGUAGCACCGGCCUACACAUCAUGCCUGUGGCAACUGUUUGUGUGAAUUCAUGGAGUUUUAGAGGACGACAAAGUUAUUGCACAAACACCACUGAAGACUCAAGCUCAGGCAACGCCAAGACUUCAACUCCUUCUAAAACCGGGAAGACUAAAAAGUCCAUCGCUACAAAGAGUGAAGCAAAAAAUGCCAAAAUUGACCAUGAAAACAUGCUCCUAACAAAAGACAUCCCAUUAAAAGAAAUUGAUUUGAAACAAAUGAAAAUGUCCCAAUUGAAGGCUUUAUGUCGCCACUUUGGCUUAAAGGUUACGGGCAAAAAAGAGGACUUGAUAAAACAGUUGGAACAUUACCGUCAGUUGAAACAGCAAGGUGAUGUCUCGACUGAACUCAGUGCGGAAUUCGUUGAAGGGCCCCUCCACCGACCAUCAUUGCACAACAUUGUAAAUUCUCUUGAAGAUGAAGAUCAAGAGACCAAAAAAACUUACGAAGCUCAAAAUGGAGACGUAUCCGUCGAAUAUAUCCACGGCUUGCCACAUCUCACUAUACCACUUCCAAGUAGAAAUGAAAAAUGCCGCUUUGCCCUGAAACCCGUUUCGCACCGAGUUGGCGAUCUAAUCGAUAUGCUAAAAACAGAAGAUAGAGGUAUUGAUCGGGCCACAAUACUAAAUAAAUCUGGUGUAAGAAUAGCAUCAACAUGUAACAUAGAAAGUCUAAUGGAUGAGCCAUUUUGGAUACACAUCAAUGACCUGAAAUAUAAAGUUGUUCCACCACCACGGGAAAGAAUUCAACUGCAAGAUCUAAAAAAAUUAGGAGAUGUCAAAGCCUUAGUAGCACAGCUAUAUGAAGCCUUGCAUGUGGGGGAAUAUCACAUAGAAAAGGAACAGGAGUUGAAUGUAAAAUUAGAGGACCUUAAAUAUCAACUGGCUCCUUUGGAAAGACAAAAGGCCGAGUUAAGUGCUCAAGCUGAACGGAAAACUAAUAUAAUGACAUGGGUCGGUCUGGGUUUGAUGUCUGUACAGUUUGGCAUUUUGGCACGCCUUACAUGGUGGGAAUACUCUUGGGACAUUAUGGAACCGGUCACAUAUUUUGUAACCUAUGGUACGGCAAUGGCCAUGUAUGCCUACUACUGCAUAACAAAAACGGAAUACAAUAUACCAGAAGUGAAAGACCGCCAUUACCUCUUAACCUUAUACAAACGUGCCAAAAAGAGGAACUUCGAUGUUGAGUCGUACAACUCGCUGAGGCGUCAAAUAGCCGAAAUUGAAUAUGAUUUGCGACGUUUGCGUGAUCCUCUGAACUUGCAACUGCCACCCCAUGUCGAUCGUUCACAGGAGAGGCCACCACUUAGUCCCGGUCAACAUGCGAAUGUUAGUACCCCCAGUGACAUCAGCAGUCCCAGUGUGGUCAAAAAAUCUGGAUUCAAAAUUCCCUUUCUUGACUCGAAGAACUAAGCAAUCUUCCGCGCUACUACCCCACGACACUGCUGACGCCGCACCCUCACAUCACUCUCAUCGAGACUAUGACGGAAAUAAUCCGGAGGACUUUUUUCUCGUUCUAUAGUUCGUUUAGUUUAGUUCGUUUGACCUUACCUCAUUUCAAAUGCUGUGCUUCUACUUCUGUACUCGAGAACCGCAAUCCGGUACUCGAAUCCUCUAUCCGGCAUUCUACGCAAUUUACUGUUGUGAAUGGCCGGGUUUGCCAAACGAAACAUUGAAACAGUAGAAACAAAUUCAAAUUCUUAACCUAAUUUAUUAUUCGUUCUUUGUUGUUGUAUAUUUUGUGCCUCUUAAAAAAAAAAAAAACAAAAAAAAGGAAAUAUUACAGAUUAUUGUACAAACACACACACAAACACCUCACGCAGACCCACACACAUUUGACGUCUUGUGUAUAUGUAUUUCAACAAUGUAUUUAAUCUCAUUGCACUUCUUUAUUUUCUAUUAUUUUGUAAAAGAUUUUGCCAUUUAUUUUACACUGAUAUAUACAUACAUAUUUAUUUUGCUACACCCCUUGACUGUAUCUAUAGGUUGCUGCGAAACCAAAAUUACUUUUUUAAAAAAGUAUUUUCAAAAUCGGACAAUAUAUGGAACAAUAAGCUGGAAAGCUUGCCUCGCUGUUCCUAUUGCUUAAUUAUUUUAUUUGAUUAUUUUCCCACCCCCAUUUUAAGGCAGAUUAUGUUCAUUGUGUACUUCAUUAGUUUUUAUGGCAUUUAUUUAAAUCUAACAAGAAAAUGUACUAAAACAUAGAAAAAUUCUUAGUUCGGUUCAAAGUGUAAAACGUGUUCUGAUAUUUCAAAAGUAAAUAAAUUAUAGUUUUAUUUCAA